GAGGGGGCGGCCGGCCGGGCCUGCGCCCGAGUGAGCGGCGAGCCGGGGGGGAAGGGGCCCGGAAGGAGGCGAGCGCGGCCGCGACGCCGGGAGCCGGACGCCCGCCCGUGCCGGCCUGCCGCCGCCGCCUUCCCUGCCUGUGCCCGAGCCGGGAGUCCCGCAGCCGCCGAGGCCGGAGCGCGGCGGUCGGGCGUGGGGCGAGCGGGCGAGCGGGGCCGGGAGCCGGAGGCCGCCGGCGGUCCUGCGCGAGGCGCGGUGGGCUCCUGCCUGCGAGAUUAGGCGAGGGGCGGAAAGGGAGGAAAAAGAGAGGCCGAACGAGAGAAGCCAGGCGAUCGGAUUGUCCGGGAGGCUGGUGUGGAGGAAUAUCCCACCCCGAACUCAAAUCCACAAUAAUAAUCCAAACUAGUAAUAAUAAGGGAGCAGUUUUUCUGGCCAGGCGAGAGGCAGAGCAGGGGGAACGCGAGGAAGCGAAAUCUCCGUUUCAUGGAGGCUGAGGCAAGAGAAAUUUUCGGAGCCUGGAUGUGGAGGAGCAAAACAGAACUAACUCAGGAAAUUGUCUUUCAGAAAAAGGCCGAACCUGGGCUGGGAAUCAGGCUGGGGUAGGUGGAGAAACCUGCAAGUUUAAAGGAAAAAGAAAAGGGGGGAAUAUUUUCAGAGACUUUUUUCUCUGAUUUGUGGCAUUGCUACCAAUUUAAAGGUUAAAAAGCAUUGCAUUUCAGGUGUUUUUUGAUUUUUUUGGGGGGGCUGCGAUUGGCUCAUUUGAGGAUUUCAGAACCUUUAAUGUAAAAGCUUUUUUUUUUUUUUUGAAGGAAAUUCAUAAUUUUGGAUCCCAGGGUUGCACUGGACUUGGAAGGAGUGCUGUUGUGUACAUACUAUUAUAUGGUUUAUUUAUUUUUUUACUGUGCAAAUCAGCUGCAAGAUUUUUUUUUUCCAGGUGCCAAUUUGGAUUUAUUCUUUUUUUUUUUUCUGUCCCUCAAUAUAUCUGUUGUUGUGGUUUUAAGCAUUGGAGGCCAGAGAAUUGUUUUUCCCCCCUUUGGAGCUUGAGGCUCUCUUGCCAACAGAAGGACAGCUGGGAAAACUGGAUUAAAAGGAUGGUUUUUAUCCAUGUUUUGCAGUUAAGACUGAUAUUUUGAAGGCACAUUCUUUCUGUGAUUCAUUUUUUUUUUUUUUUUUUUUAAGCCCAUAGCGCUAACCUUGAAGAGAUUUGUGGUUGGGUUUUUGGUUUCUAAGAAGGUCACAGUUUUUCUCUUUUUCUUUCUUUCUUUUUUUUUUUUUUUUUUUUAAGAGGGGGGAGGGGAAAGGGGGCUGAGAAAGGAGACCAUGUUAACUGGUAGAAGUAGAAUGGAGCUUCAGUUACCAGGGUCCUGAGAGCUGGAGGAAAAAGGAUUCAAUCUUCAAGUUGAGAGGCCCUCCUCUCGCCCUUCUAAAAAAAUUGCAAGCGAUUCAAUCUCGAUCAAGACCUCAGAACUACAGGAUUCUGGAACCGUGGAGACACCGAGAAACCAUGAGUGUAAGGUUACCCCAGAGUAUAGACAGAUCAGCCAGUAAAAAGCAGUCUCACCUGUCCAGCCCCAUUGCAGCCUGGUUAAGUAGCCUGUCUUUGGGAGAUUCAGCACCCGAACGCAAGUCCCCUUCCCACCACCGCCAACCCUCUGACACCUCUGAGACAGCAGGUCUUGUUCAACGCUGUGUCAUCAUCCAAAAGGACCAGCAUGGCUUUGGCUUCACAGUCAGUGGGGAUCGCAUCGUUCUGGUGCAGUCUGUGCGGCCCGGAGGUGCAGCCAUGAAAGCCGGUGUGAAAGAGGGCGACCGGAUCAUCAAGGUGAAUGGCACCAUGGUGACCAAUAGCUCACACCUGGAGGUGGUGAAGCUUAUCAAGUCUGGUGCCUAUGUUGCUCUGACCCUCCUGGGCUCUUCGCCCUCAUCCGUUGGUGUCUCUGGGCUCCAGCAGGACCCGGCCCCAGCAGGAGCUCCCCGAGUCACCCCUGUGGUUCCGCCACCACCUCCUCCUCCACCUCUGCCACCUCCGCAGCGCAUCACAGGACCAAAACCUCUGCAGGAUCCCGAAUUUCAAAAACACGCCACCCAGAUCCUUAGGAAUAUGCUGAGGCAGGAGGAGAAAGAGUUACAGCGAAUCUGUGAGGUGUAUAGCCGGAACCCCGCCAGCCUGCUGGAAGAGCAGAUCGAAGGCGCCCGGCGGCGAGUCACUCAGUUACAGCUGAAGAUCCAGCAGGAGACUGGUGGCUUAGUGGACAUACUUCCACUGUAUGGUGACACCAGCCAGAGGUCAUCAGAAGGCCGACUCUCUCUGGACUCGCAGGAGGGGGACAGUGGCUUGGAUUCUGGCACAGAACGCUUUCCUUCCCUCAGCGAGUCAUUGAUGAAUCGGAACUCAAUCCUGUCAGACCCUGGGCUAGACAGCCCUCGAACCUCCCCUGUGAUCAUGGCCCGGAUGGCCCAGCACCACAGGCGACAGGGCUCAGACGCACCGCUUCUCCCCAGCAGCGACCAGGGUGUAGAUCAAAGCCCAAAGCCUUUAAUUAUUGGCCCAGAGGAAGAUUAUGACCCGGGUUAUUUCAACAACGAGAGCGACAUCGUUUUCCAGGACUUCGAGAAACUUAAGUCCCGGCCAGCUCACCUGGGGGUCUUUCUACGGUACAUCUUCUCUCAGGCAGACCCUGGACCCCUGCUUUUUUACUUGUGUGCAGAAGUUUAUCAGCAGACAAACCCCAAGGAUUCCCGAAGCUUGGGAAAAGACAUCUGGAAUAUUUUCCUAGAGAAAAAUGCGCCUCUGAGAGUGAAGGUCCCGGAGAUGUUACAGGCUGAGAUUGACCUGCGCCUGCGGAGCGGCGAGGAUGUGCGCGCUGUUCUCUGCGAGGCUCAGGAGGCCGCCAUGCCCGACAUCCAGGAGCAGAUCCAGGACUACAGAACAAAGCGCACGCUGGGGCUGGGCAGCCUGUAUGGUGAAAACGACCUGCUGGACCUGGAUGGGGACCCUCUCCGCGAGCGCCAGGUGGCGGAGAAGCAGCUGGCUGCCCUAGGAGACAUUUUGUCCAAAUACGAGGAAGACAGGAGUGCCCCCAUGGACUUCGCCCUCAACACCUACAUGAGCCAUGCGGGGAUCCGCCUUCGAGAAACACGACCUUCCAACGCAGCUGAAAAGGCCCAGUCUGCUCCUGACAAGGACAAGUGGCUACCCUUCUUCCCGAAGACCAAGAAGCAGAGCAGCAAUUCCAAGAAAGAAAAGGAUGCCUUGGAGGACAAGAAGCGAAACCCAAUCCUCAAGUACAUCGGGAAGCCCAAAGGCUCUUCCCAGAGCACAUUUCAUAUUCCCUUGUCCCCUGUGGAAGUCAAACCAGGCAACGUGAGGAACAUCAUUCAGCACUUUGAGAACAACCAGCAGUAUGAUGCCCCCGAGCCUGGGACUCAGCGACUCUCGACAGGAAGCUUUCCUGAGGACCUGCUGGAGAGCGACAGUUCACGCUCGGAGAUUCGCCUGGGCCGCUCUGAGAGCCUGAAGGGCCGGGAGGAGAUGAAGCGGUCUCGGAAGGCGGAGAACGUACCCCGCUCUCGCAGCGACGUGGACAUGGACGCCGCCGCAGAGGCCGCCCGCCUCCACCAGUCAGCCUCGUCCUCUGCCUCCAGCCUCUCCACCAGGUCUCUUGAGAACCCAACCCCUCCCUUCACCCCCAAAAUGGGCCGUAGGAGUAUUGAGUCCCCCAGCUUGGGGUUCUGCACAGAUGCCCUCCUCCCCAACCUCCUGGAAGAUGAUCUGGGCCAUCUGUCUGAUCUGGAGCCAGAGCCAGAUGCCCAGAACUGGCAGCACACAGUGGGCAAGGAUGUGGUGGCUGGGCUAAGCCAGAGGGAGAUUGACCGGCAGGAGGUCAUCAACGAGCUGUUUGUGACAGAGGCUUCCCAUCUGCGCACACUCCGGGUCCUGGACCUGAUCUUCUACCAGCGGAUGAAGAAGGAGGGCCUACUGCCCCGGGAGGAGCUGGCCCGGCUCUUCCCCAACCUGCCCGAGCUCAUCGAGAUCCACAAUUCCUGGUGUGAAGCCAUGAAGAAGCUCCGGGAGGAGGGCCCCAUCAUCAAAGAAAUCAGUGACCUCAUGCUGGCCCGGUUCGACGGCCCUGCCCGGGAGGAGCUCCAGCAGGUGGCCGCGCAGUUCUGCUCCUAUCAGUCCAUCGCUUUGGAGCUGAUCAAGACCAGGCAGCGCAAGGAGAGCCGGUUCCAGCUCUUCAUGCAGGAGGCCGAGAGCCACCCUCAGUGCCGGCGGCUGCAGCUUAGAGACCUCAUCAUCUCCGAGAUGCAGCGGCUCACCAAGUACCCUCUGCUGCUGGAGAACAUCAUCAAGCACACGGAAGGUGGCACCACUGAGCACGAGAAACUCUGCCGGGCCCGGGAUCAGUGCCGAGAAAUUCUCAAGUACGUGAACGAGGCUGUGAAGCAGACGGAGAACCGGCACCGUCUAGAGAGCUACCAGAAACGCCUGGAUACCACCUCCCUGGAGAGGGCCAGCAACCCCCUGGCAGCGGAGUUCAAGAGCCUAGAUCUUACAGCCAGAAAAAUGAUCCACGAGGGGCCCCUGACCUGGAGGAUCAGCAAGGAUAAGACCUUAGACCUCCACGUGCUGCUGCUGGAGGACCUCCUCGUGCUGCUGCAGAAACAGGAUGAGAAGCUGCUGCUCAAGUGCCACAGCAAGACGGCCGUGGGCUCGUCGGACAGCAAGCAGACCUUCAGCCCCGUGCUCAAGCUCAAUGCCGUGCUCAUCCGCUCUGUGGCCACAGAUAAACGAGCCUUCUUCAUCAUCUGUACCUCCGAGCUGGGCCCACCCCAGAUCUACGAGCUAGUGGCGUUGACAUCAUCGGACAAGAACACGUGGAUGGAGCUCUUAGAAGAGGCCGUGCGGAACGCCACCAGGCACCCCGGAGCUGCCCCAACGCCCGUCCACCCCCCGCCCCCCGGCCCCCAGGAGCCAGCCCACCAGAGCCCCACACCCAGCAGGGUAGAGCUGGAUGACUCAGAGGUGUUCCGAAGUGGACCAGAGCCUGAGGCGGUACCUGGAGGCCCUGGACCCCAGCAGAGGAUCAAAGGGAAGCACCCAGCCCUGCUGGAGGAUCCCGAGCAGGAAGGCAGCAGAGAGGAAGAGGAGCUGGGUGCCCUGCCUGACCCUUCCACCUCCCCGGAUAGAGAGAAAAGGGGCAGCAGGACAAGGGACCCCAUCCUCCGGCCCCUCCCAGGCCCUCUGUUCAUGGAAGGACUCGCCGAUGCAGCCCUGGAGGAUGUGGAGAACCUGCGGCAGCUGAUCCUGUGGAGCCUGCUGCCAGGUCACCCCAUGGACCCACAGGCUGCUGGGGAGCCCGAGGACGACCUGACACCUACACCUUCUGUCAUCAGCAUCACUUCUCACCCCUGGGACCCAGGCUCCCCAGGGCGAGCUCCCCCUGGGGGUGAAGGCGACAAUGCCCAGCUCUCAGGGCCAGAGCGGGGCCAGCCAGGGCAGGAGGACGUAGCUCUCCGUUCUCUGGAACACCUGCCCCCAAGGACCAGAAAUUCUGGGAUCUGGGAGUCUCCUGACCUGGACAGGAAUCCAGAGGAAGAAGCUUCAAGCACAGAGGCAACAGGAAGUUACAAAGUUGUGAGAAAAGCUGAGGUGGCAGGCAGCAAAGUUGUCCCCGAAUUACCAGAGUGUGGCCAGUCAGAACCUGAGCCACCCGAAGUGGAAGGCGGAGCAGAGGCAACGGGGAACUGCUUUUACGUCAGCAUGCCGGCGGGACCACCAGACUCCAGCACCGACUCCUUGGGGGCACGCAGGAGCCCCUCCCAGCCCGACGGCCUCCCUGCCUGGCAGACGGAGCCUCGGCCCCCGCCGCGGGGAGGCAGUGGAGAUCAGAGGCACCCUGGCCACUCUCCCCCAAGCCUGGCCCUCAGGGACGUGGGUAUGAUCUUCCGCACCAUCGAGCAGCUCACUCUCAAGCUCAGCAGGCUCAAGGACAUGGAGUUGGCCCACAGAGAACUGCUCAGGUCCCUCGGGGGAGAGUCAUCCGGUGGCACCACGCCUGUAGGCAGUUUCCACACAGAGCCAACUAGAUGGACAGACAGCUCCCUGUCCCCUCCAGCCAAGGAACCCCCAGCCUCUGACUCCAGGGACAGUCACGAAAUGGGGCCCUGCCCUGAGGACGGCCCCAGCACCCUGCAGGAAGCCGGCGCGGCAGACACGGCCACCUCCCCAGGACUGUAGCCGCCCGGACCACCACCGCGUCCUCCAUAUCCCUGCUCCUCCUCUAGGGACUGGCCUGAGGCGGGCCACCGGGUGGGGAGCCCCCAGAUCUCCUCCCGAGGUGGAGGCGGUUGAGGAGACAGCUCCAGCCCAGACCCAGGGGGGAGACCCGCAUGUUGCUUGGUCUGCUCAGAUUGGAGUCGCGUUUCAGUGUCUUUUCCGCCCCCUUCAGCCCAGCCCUUCAAGGCCUCGUGUCUCCUAAGCAUGCUGACUGCAUCUGAAAGCUCCCCCGCCCCACGUACGUGUGCAAGCCUGUGUGUGUGGGCGCCCUCAGACAUGCAAGUGCGCGUGAAAGGAGGCAGCUCCGUGUAAAUGCACUUUCUUCCUCCCCUCCUGUCUCCGCAGGCCCCCCAGGCUGAGGUGUCUCCACCUCGCCUCUCUUUGUCACUUUGGUUUCCUAUAAAUAUGUAUGUAUUGUAUGUUCAUCUUUGCUCUUGUAAAUAACUUGGACCUUUUUUGUUUCUGAUCCUGGCGUGCCGGAGGCAGUAACAGAGGGACCGCUAGGGAAGAGGAGAUCCACUUGGGUCUCCUAGUUAGCAGCCCAGCUCCAGGGUCAGGGCCCAGCAGUGCAGCCAGCCCUGAGCACGUCCCGGUCCCCUGCGGGCGAGAAGGCCUCCAGCUUCCGGGCCUCCUGGCCCGAGAGCCCAGCCUCUGCGGCCGGUGCUGAGCUACUCCCCCCACCCCACCCCAUCCCAAGACUUCCCAUCUUCAGGGGAACUUCCUACCCCACCUGUGUCCACCCUUCCCCACCCUCUCCCUAGAGAAAACCAGUGUAUCAGGUACGGAGCUGAAAACUGGGCCCCAGGAGGUGGGAGAAGGGGGUUGAAUGCUGGAGUCCCCAAACUAACCUAGGACCAUCCCAGGGGCCGCCGCAGCCUUGGCCCCUAUUACCACGUCCACUCCACUCCCCAGUGACUAAUAGAAUAUACACACUGUGCUAGGUGUAUAUAUACAUAUAUAUAUAUAAAUAUAUAUAUAAUAUAUAAAAUAUAGAUAUGGAAAUGACUGUUUUGCUGUUAAAAUAAUGUAUACUCUUUUAUUUUCUUCCUUUCAUGGUUAAGAUUUUUUUUUAAGAAAAGUUAAAUAUUCUUCAA